GUUCAACUCGGCCGGAGUCAGCGCUUCUCCAAAGCCGGAGCAUGUUAGCUCAACCGCAAUACCCCAUGUGCAAGCCAGGCAGGAGAACGAACUGCCCAUGGAGAUGAACAAACCAUGUCCCGCUUUCACGUCCACAGGUAUUUGCAAGCGCUCACGGUGCGCGUUUAUCCAUGACCCCGACAAGACGGCUAUAUGCAAACCAUUUCUCUUCAAAGGCCAUUGCCCAAAGGGCUCAGCAUGUCCGCUGUCCCAUAAACCUUCCGCCAACCGGUCCCCACAUUGCAUUCACUUCCAGGAGGGCAACUGUAGUAAGGAGGACUGUCCAUAUGCCCACGUACACGUCGGUGCAGACGCGCCCAUAUGCGAGGCCUUUGCGCGACUUGGUUACUGUGAGAAGGGCGCUGAAUGUGCUGAGCAACACGCAUUCGAGUGCCCGGAUUUUGCUAACAAGGGAUCGUGCGAGGUGGGCGGAUGCCGACUUCCUCACAUUAGGCACGCCGCACGGCUGCGAAAGGCACGCGAAUCCGCAGAAGCCGAGUCAAAGUGGAAUACGACAGACGAGGAACAGGAAGAUGGAGAUGAGAACCAGGACGAUGAUUCGGAUCGUGAGGAUGAGCAAAAAGACAAGGCCAUGAGCUAUGACGACGCACAUGCGCUAACCCAACAGGCCGACUUUAUCCCGCUGGGCUGAUGUGGAGAUUCUCCUCGCACUGAAAGCCCAGUGUGUCCUUGCAAAGGUUCAUGGGGUAACCUGGUAGGUGCUCCUGAUUGUCCUCGACAUUUCUUGUCCUGAUUUCUUCCGCUUCUUCAAGGUUCCAACAUGAUCAGUAUGUUGCUUCACCUUGCUUCUGUCCAGAUCAGAUUUGACUAACCGGGAGAUGGACUCCUGGCGUUGCGGAGUAACGGCGGAUAUUGAUACCCACUCACGGUUCGUCCUCUUCGUCUUCAUGAGGAAGACGGGCUUCCUCUAUUUUGUUCUGCCUUGGUGUUGCAUAUCCAUUGCCACUCAAGGUCAGAGUUCCUUUCAUGUAAAUGAUUCAGCCAGCAAAGGGCGGCCUCUUAAUAGCAGAAACAAGAAGCAGGAUGUACCUUUAGUGUCAAUUAAAAGAAUGAGAUAAUUG